UAAACCAGAAAGUAGCAAUAAUGUAUUUAUGUAAAUACCUUUGCGUUUAUUUUAACGCUUUGGGCCAUUAUGAAAGUAAUGUUAUUGAGCGUAAAAAACAACAACUUGCCUUAUCCCUGGGUUGAGCCCUCCUGUUGUGACAGUUUGUCGCUGGGCUGUCAACGUAUUUUUCAUUCCUAAAUUCAGAAUUAACGUUCACCUUGAAUCAUAAACGCAUCUUAAAAUCCCGUUGACAUAGUCUGACACUGACAUGUCACGUGUGGAGAAGUCAAUUCGGAAGAGUGAAGUUUAAAUAAUUGGCUAUAGCCAUGACCAAAAGUCAAACCAGGCCAUUUAUGCUAGCUAAAGCUGCUUAUAUUAACAUGAUCCGUCGGUCAGACUGGACGAUAUAUAGCCUCAGUUUAAAACAUGUGAAUACAUGAGACAUACGAUGAAGGUAGACGCACUUUUCUCCAGAGCGAACCAGAGACUUACAAGCGUCUAACUUUUAAUUUUAGCUUCCCAAUACAGCACUUUCAAGUUAAAAUGAGGAAGUGAAAUGAACCCAGGGGUAAUAAAUCCCUCUUUAACGCCACGUAUGUCCUUCAGACCUAAAGCUAGGUUAUUACAGUGGUUACCGACCUGGGAGUAACAUUUGAAAUUGUAAUUUAUUUUAUUUUGAAAGGACAUUUCUGUUACAUUGAAUGUAAUGUGCUUGUUACAAGUUAAAUGUGGUGUUAUAACGUAGUGCAGAAACUGAAUAAGCAUCUAUCAGUAUAGAAACCUGAAAAUCUGGUUUGGUGUAAAGUUCCUUACUAUAUACUGAUGGAGAAUUUGAGAACUGAUAUAUUGCAUUGUCCCAUGUUCUUCUGCAGGUACAGGCAGGUUAGCUCCCCGAGACCAUCCCUGGGAAAACAAGAAGGGAUCUCCCUAAUCUUAGUUGUUUGCUUAGUUGUUUGCUAUGACAUGAUGGACGACAGUGAAUUGGAGGCGAUGGCCAUGCCGUCAGGCUCUUCCCUCGGGGAUGCAGUGUCCGGCAGAGGACGGAGUAUGUCUGAUGAAGGCGACGAGCUCUUCUACAUCCCUGAGAGAAGACCCUCUCUGGACCUGGGGCCGAGUCCAAUGGAUACCAGCCACUGGCAGUAUGUGGACCAGGCCUCUUCUCCAGCUCUGGGGUACAGAUCAAUGACGAGUGAGGACGACUCCAUCCACAUGAGUGACGAAGAUGGAUCCCCCACAAGGGUUCAGCUGAACAGAGCAGAUUCUUACUCUAGCUGCUACUCAUUGGACAGUGACGAUUGUGAAAAGAUGAUCCCCAAGCUUAAAUGCAAAGAUGAUACCGUCUCAGAGCUUCCUGUCAAACCUGAGUUAUUCCAAGACCCAAAUGAGACUAGGCAUCCUUCCCUGACGGUGGCCUUCACUUUCAAGGCUAUUUCUAAAACCCUUGGGAAGCUGUCUGAGGCAGACAUCAGGUACUUCAAGAUGCUGCUGUGGAAGCAUUACUCGCACUCAUUCAACACUCAUCCCCAAGGCUUGGACAUGGUGGACCUUGUGGACCGCUUGCUCGAGUGUUUCAACCUGGAGUUCUCUUUGCAGAUCACCAAAACCCUUCUUCAGGACAUUGGGCAAACAAAGAUGAUUGAUUACCUCGAGACUUUGUGCAUCAAAAAUGAAGUACGUCAUGAUUUAUGCGAGAAUUUGAAGAAGAAAUUCGGCGAAGUGCGUGAGGAUGCUGACCCGCAGGGAGAGAGGAGACCCUUUGACGACGUCUUUACCGAUCUUUACAUAAGCUCAACAUGUGACAAUGGCCCAAAUAUUGAACACGAGGUCGUGACCAUAGAAAAGCUCGACAGCAACCAUAAAAAAGAGAAACUGCUUUCUACCAAGGACAUUUUUAGCGCUGAAAGGCUGAAGCACAAACACUUUAAGUUUAUGCUGGUCACAGGAGUUGCCGGGUCAGGGAAGUCUAUGGCAGUCAGAAGGUUAGUCCUCGAUUGGAUUGAAGAGAAGUCCCACCUGCACGUGUCCUUCUUGUUUCCUUUGUCGUUCAGAGAACUCAAACAGUUUGAGAACUCUAAGAUCUCCGUGGUGGAAAUAUUACAAACACUCUACCCAGCAACCAAGAAACUGAGGGAUGAAGAUUACAGUUGCGACGACGGCAAAAUAAUGUUCAUCUUUGACGGUCUGGAUGAGUACAACGGGGAGCUCGACUUUCAAAACACUUCCAUCCUCAGGGACCUCAAAGAUCCUACCACCCUGAACGUCAUCGUGGUCAACCUCCUCAGAGAGAGGCUGCUCUUCCGCAGCCUGUUGCUGGUCUUCUCUCGGUCGCAGGUAAGGCACUGCAUCCCUUACGAUACGCACUACGAUGAGAUAGACGUGCGCGGUUUCCUCGACCCUCAAAAGGACGAGUACUUUCAGAAGAGGUUCACGGACCCGGAUCAAGCAGCUCGAGUUAUUGCGUACAUCAACUCCUCCAAAACCCUCCGCAUCAUGUGCCACCUGCCCUUGUUCUGCUCACUGGUGGCAGAUGAGUUCCAGCCCAUUUUUAGGAAUCGGGCGACGCAGGCAGAGCCACCCAGGAACAUCACCUACAUGUACACCAAGCUGCUGCUUGCACUCAUCCGACCGCGUCGCGCAUUUAGGGCUCCAAAUCGUAGCCUAAACAAAGAGAGGGACUUCCUCAUGAAAGUUGGAAAGUUGGCCUUCGACAUGCUGGAAGGAGGCAAGUUCAAGAUCUCAAAGUACGACUGGGAAGAGACUGGAGUCAAUGACGAGGAGGUGGUGAUUAACAGUGGCCUCUGCACACAAUACAUGAGGAGUCCACUUGUCUUGUGUCACGAGAAAGUCAUCAGCUUUAUCCACCCUACCAUGCAAGAGUACCUGGCGGCCCUUUAUGUGUUUCUCUACUUUACGAACCAGGGGAAGAACAUUUUUGAGCAGCAGCUGAAAGACCGGUUCAAGGGGAUAUUCAAGGGGCACACGGCGAUAGAGCUGUACAAGAGCGCCGUGGACAGCAGCCUGCGAUAUGACGAUGGGAAAUAUGACAUUUUCCUACGUUUCCUGCUUGGAAUGGGUCUCAAGACCAACCUGGGACUCCUCGAGCCAUUCUGCACGUCUACUGUAAAGUGGCCAACGGUCGUUGAAGACACUACUGCGCUCAUCGAGAAGAGGAUCAGAGAAAAUCAGUACCCCGGCAGGAACGGCAACUUGACGCGCUGCCUGGAAGAGCUGAAGUCGUGAGCCUCAGAGACCACAUCCGUUUGAGCAGACUCUUUUAAAACGCUGAUCUAUGUGCAAAAUUAAAUUUUGAUUCAAAAUAACCAUCAAGGCUUCCAAUGAACUCCAGAUGGAGGAAAACUGUUCGACAUGUGCCUGACGGAGAAACACGGUUCUCUCCUAUUCAACCAACAUAUACACUAAUGAAGCUAAUCGCUACUUAAGUUACACGGAUGUACCAAAGACGUGGAGACAGAAUCUUUCAAGAGAAUGCAGAUUCAAGGUGUGUUAAAGACGCUUAACAAUAAUAAGGGGCCUUAUUUUGAGAGUUCCAUUUUUUUUCCUGUUUUUAUACAAUCAAAUAUUUUUUUGUGAUCAUUAUUCAUUUGUUAAUUGUGUUGCCAGCUUGUGCUUGAUAUUGUUUAUCAUUUAUGUGUGUAAUGCAGUAUAUUCACAUUGAAGAGCUGAGAAUCCUACAUAGCUAAAAAGUAUCGCUACUCUAAUUUCUCUCAUCGCUGAAAGUACCGGUUGCUGAUAACCGUUGAAAACAACUAACAAUAAAUCUUGAGGGAAACAA